AUGGCCCCAAAGAAUGUGAAGGAGGAGAAGGUCGAGGAGAAGGCCGAGGCUGGCGCUGCGGCUAAGGCUAAGGCUGAGGCCAAAGCCAAGGCAGCGAAACCUGCCAAGAAGGAGAAGAAGGCGCCAGCGAAGAAGGCUGCGAAGGAGCCAUCUGCCGGUGGUGAGGGCGAGGGCGAUAAGAAAGCUAAGAAGAAGGCCAAGGUCGCAAAGAGCGAGACCUACAAGCUUUAUAUUUACAAGGUGUUGAAGCAAGUUCACCCUGAUACUGGCAUCAGCUCCAAGGCGAUGAGCAUCAUGAACAGCUUCAUCAACGACAUCUUCGAGAAGGUCGCCACCGAGGCAUCUAAGCUCAGUCGCUACAACAAGAAGCCCACUGUGACCUCGCGCGAAAUUCAGACGGCAGUGCGCCUAGUGCUUCCGGGCGAGCUGGCCAAGCAUGCGGUGUCCGAGGGCACCAAGGCCGUCACCAAGUUCACGUCGUCCUAA